AUGAUUUCAACGCCCUCAAGUCCCUCUCACUCGGCCGAGUCGAGCACCAGCUUCAGCCGUCAGCCUUCCGACGGCUCAGACUCUAAAGGCUUGCUCGUCCUCAUCCCGGAUAGGAUUGACAUAGAGGAGGAGGCGCAGUUCUACGACGACAUCAGCGCGAGCACCACUGGACAAGAUAUCUACCCUUUCGGCCAGCCAGACUCCCCUCCUCUCUCACCGGUCGAGGCGCGAUCCAUAUUCUCGAACGACAUCUGGCUGGGGGAUAACUCCGGAGAGAGCAAGGCCUUCGCGAGAGGGGUCGAGAUUCCAGGGUGGACGAGUGUGGGAGACAAACGCGGUGGUGCAUAUGUUGUGUACGACUGUGCGAUCAGGACGAAGGAGGGAACCGUCAUACACGCCCUCAAGCGGUACAGCGCAUUCGCACAGCUCUACGCCAGGCUUCGCGCGACGCUUCCGGCAAGUCAGCAGCCUUUCAUUCCCUCCCUCCCGCCAAAGUUUCCCCUUGCGAAGUUUCGACCGACAUUUCUCGACCGGCGGAGGCGCCUCUUGCAGCACUGGCUCUCUGCGGUACUGCUCCACCCCGAGAUUGGGGGCUGUCAGGCCGUGCGGGAAUGGGUUGUGGAUAGGUCGUGA